AUGUCACACAACCCACUCAGCACCCUAGACUCUGUGCAGGGGACACACUGGCUCUGCAGAGGGGGCUGGUGCCUGGGGCUCCCAAGAGGCGGCCGCAGCAGUGACCUCCACGGGCACCUUGUGCACUCUGGCCGGAGAGCGUUUGGGAAGGACCACGAGGGAGGCGCCGAUGACACUGUGCAGCACAAGUCCUCCCUGCCCAGUGGGGGCUCGCCCGAGGGCCCCUACCCGCCCCCGCCUGACCUCCAGCCUCCCACGAACUGCUGCAUGAGCGGCUGCCCCAACUGCGUGUGGGUGGAGUACGCGGACGCGCUGCUGCAGCACUACCAAGACGGCGGGGCGCGGGCAAUGGCCGCCCUGGACACACACGUGACCGACGAGAACCUCAAGGCCUUCAUCAAGAUGGAGAUCCAGCUGCGCAUGCGCCAGGGCGGCUGA